UUUUUUAUUCCUUUCUGUAAGACUCUGAUUACUGUACGGUUCACUGGAGUGGGGGAGGGCCGUUUCAAACAAAUUUGUCGGCGAGAGACGUUAUUAAUCAUAUUUACUUAAGGGGUUCGUUUCUUUGUUAAGUGUUUCAGCAUAUCAGCUUUUCUUCUUCACUACUUUGUCUUUCUGGUCACUGUUGCUGAGGCCUUUGACAUAUGAAGAUGCCAGUGGCAUUGCUCUUGCUGCUGGCAUUGUGCAAUGCAAUCAAAGUUAAUGGAGAAGAGAGCAAUGGACAGUGUAACCAUAAGCUGACAUUGGACCCAAGACCACAUAGUGUAUCCAUCUUGGAAUUUGGUGCUGUUGGAGAUGGCAAAACUUUGAAUACCAUUGCUUUUCAAAAUGCCAUUUUCUAUCUUAAGUCAUUUGCUGACAAGGGUGGCGCCCAGCUUUAUGUGCCACCGGGAAGAUGGCUUACCGGAAGUUUCAAUCUUACCAGCCAUCUCACUCUAUUCUUGGAAAAAGGUGCUGUCAUUCUUGGAUCUCAGGAUCCAUCUCACUGGGAUAUUGUUGAACCCUUGCCCUCAUAUGGUCGAGGAAUUGAACUUCCCGGAGGAAGAUAUCGAAGUUUGGUAAAUGGGUAUAUGUUACGUGAUGUGGUAAUAACUGGUGAUAAUGGAACCAUAGAUGGGCAGGGCUCAGUUUGGUGGGAAUGGUUCACGUCUCAUUCUUUAAACUAUAGCCGCCCUCAGCUUGUGGAAUUUGUGUCAUCUGAUUAUAUACUUGUUUCAAACAUUACGUUUCUCAAUGCCCCUGCAUAUAAUAUACAUCCAGUCUAUUGCAGCAAUGUACACAUUCAUAACAUAUCAGUCUAUGCUCCUCCAGCAUCACCGUUUACUGUUGGCAUUGUUCCAGAUUCUUCCGAUAAUGUUUGCAUUGAGGACUGCAACAUUAGUAUGGGCCAUGAUGCAAUUGCCCUCAAGAGUGGCUGGGAUGAGUAUGGCAUUACUUAUGGCAGACCUACCACAAAUGUCCACAUCAGAAGGGUCAACCUUCAGUCAUCCUCAGGCUCUUCUCUUGCCUUCGGUAGUGAAAUGUCUGGUGGCAUUUCUGACAUCCAAGUGGAGCAGGCCCACCUAUACAACUCAUUAAGUGGUAUUGAGUUUAGAACAACCAGGGGUAGGGGUGGUUAUAUUGAAGAUAUCAUUAUAUCAGAUGUUGACCUGUUAAACGUUCAUAUGGCUUUUGGUGCUAUUGGUCACUAUGGAUCCCAUCCAGAUGACAAAUAUGAUCCUGAUGCUUUCCCAGUACUGCAGAAAAUCACCUUGCAGAACAUUAUUGGCACAAACAUCACUGUUGCAGGGAACUUCACAGGAAUCCGAGAAUCCCCCUUUACUUCUAUAUGCCUAUCCAAUAUCUCCUUAUCAAUCAAUUCUGCCUCUUCCACCUCUUGGGUAUGUUCAUAUGUUUCUGGCUUUUCAGAGUCAGUCUUCCCCAAACCAUGUCCCGACCUGGAGAAUUCAAAUACUUCUUCAUCAUGCGUUUCCCUCCUGAAGCCUAAUGGUAGAGCCGCGGUCUUAUGAUACCAUUCCCUUCCUUCUAGAAAAACAUAUAAAUUCCCGGAAAAAUUUCUACCAUUUAUCGUCUCCAGAGUAGGUAAUCAGAUUCUUUCCAAUAAGACACAUGUCUAGGAUACCUGUUUCUUCAUCCCUUCCCCAUUCCGCAUUUUGGCAUGUUCACAACCUGCAGAUUGUUUGUACAGCUUCAUUUCUUCAUUCUUGUGUAAGGAAAUUUUUGGUAGUGGUGGGUACAAAAGCUCAAAAAAGGGUCCUUGGGGUUAUUUUUAGUAUUGCUGUCUAUUGAAUUCUUUCCUUCUUUUCCUUAAUGUUUAUAGCUAUGGUCCAAGGUUCAAUCUCAUUGUAAAAUCAUUUUAUAUCAUUUUGGGAUUGAAUUGCUGAAUGAAAAUGGUAGAUAAAGAGAUAUUCAAAGGGGUAAUUUUGAUUGAAUAAAGUCUUUUAUUAGUCUUUGA